AUAUUGAUGAAAAAGAGGAAAAGGAGGUAGAGAUAGAACAAGAAGAACAACAGGUGAAUGGAAAAGAAGAAGGAAUGGAGGAAAAAGAGGUAGACAUAGAAAGAAAAGAACGAGACAGGGAGAGAGCGAUAGAAGGACAAGAAAGUCACACUGGAAGAGGAGAAAAGGAGGUAGAGAAAGAUGAACAAGAACAACAGAUUGGAAAAGAAGAAAAGAGCAAAGAAAACGAGGAAAAUGAGGUAGAGAAUAAACAAGAAAAACAACAUGCUGAUGGAAAAGAAGAAGAGAGGGAGGAGAGACAAGAAAAGGAGGUAGAGAAAGAUGAACAACAACAACAACAUGUUAAUGGUAAACAAGAAAUGCUGAGUCAUGACUGUGCAGAAACAGGAAAUGAAGCUCUCCUCACAGAUGGAGAGAAACACUCCGGCGCUGCCAAAACCCAUAAUGGGGACAUUUAUCCAACAUCACCGAGUGAGGACAAUGAGAUGGAGACAGACACAAAUCUACCGGCUGUCGAGGCUCCUCUGAGUCUGAGAGAUCCCACAGAGGUGGAAACACAGAGUCUGGAGGGACGCGAGCAAUUUGAAGACAUUACACCUGAACUGCAGACAGAUCUACAGGCUUCAGGUUGCAGGUUGGAGAAGAAAGCGACUUUGAUGGACGCAGCUGCUCAGUCGUCGUUAGGGGCCGGACCAGGAAAUGAAGAGUCCGGUCCGAUCCAAAAUUCACCCAGCACCGAAAUCCCUGAAAUGAAAGUGAGGGAGGAUGAAGGAGACAAAGAGGAAGGAGGUCAAAACUUUGACAAGAUGAACGGCGAGGCGGAGGCAGUGGACGACAAGAAGAGUGGCAGCCGUCAAUCGUCAAAGUACAAAACUGUGUCCUACAGGAAGAUCCGGAGAGGAAACACCAGGCAGAGGAUUGAUGAGUUUGAGUCCAUUAUAAACUCGUGAACAAACCCUAAAUAUUGACAGGGGAUUUGAUUCGAUCAGCUGAGUAGCUUUUUGGGAGCCUGUGCUUGCAGAUGGUAACAUAUAGAGAAAAGUAGUGGACCCAGGACGGAGCCUUGUGGUACGCCAUAUUAAAUGUCUGUUCUUUGUGAUGAGAAGCUUUUAAUUGAGACAUAAAAGUGAUAGCUAGGAUCAAAGCUAGGCUAGGGUUGCCUGACAUCCUUACUCAUAUUUCCCAUUUUGUGCAAAAAAGCAAUAAAUAAAUAAAGUUUAUUAUUUAUGUGUACAGCACAAAGGAAUUGAGGUCUCACUACACAGUUAUGUAUGUUAUCAAAGUGUCCACAGGCUUGGAUUUCAUCUCACUGAGAACUGAGUUGAACUCUGCUGGUGAGGCCAUAAGAUCAGAUCAGAACAUAAGUGUUAAAGUUCAGAUUUGAAAAAGAUUGUGUUGUGUGUUGCCCCACUGACAUUUAAAGUGAUCAAUUUUAUACUUUAUUUAAAAUGUAAUAAUUAUUUUUUCACUGGAGGUAUUUUCAUCAAGAGAUACAUUGAACCAGACCCAUCUGACGAUACAUAGUUUGUUAGGAGUCUGUAUAUGUAGAAAAAUCAUAAGAUGAAUAACUAAAUAAUUUAAUUGAAAUAACAAUAUCAUUAUAACUGAAUGUAAGUCCUAGAAAAUAGACACGGUGAUACUCUAAACAAUUUUGUUUUGUUGUUUUUGUUGACUGAUAUAUGUUCUAGGUAAUAUAACAGUCUGAUAAUCACCAUUGUAUUAUAUUGAUUAUUGAAUUUAAUUAUAUUAAACAAGCUUAUGCUGCCUCAUACAGAUUUUUGUUUUGUGUAUGUUAUUACUCAGAGGUACUUCUACACAGUAGAAUUACACUAAAUAUAUUACUUUAAAAGAUAUUGGAUAUAUGUGUUCAACCCCCAGAGAGUUAAUAUAACUGCUUUGUUGAGUUUUUAUUCGCAUUUAUGUACUUAUAAAUCCUUGUGUGCUUUAAUUUUUGAGCCAUGAAGAUCCUCUGACACUAUGAUUUCUAUAUUAUGGAUAUAUAGGAUUGUAUUUUUGAUGUUUUUUUGUACUAUUACUACAUUUUAAUGAUCUUUAUAUUAUCUGAAUUUCAUAUAUGUGUAAUAUAUACAGAAUAGUAUAGACUAGAAAUAUGAAUACACCAUAGGUGAGAUACAACAUGGAUAGUAUUAAUUUUAAGUGUUUAUUUCAUAUUAUAUUAAAUUAUAUAAUGUAUAGUAUAUUGUUACAUAAGUCAUGUAAAAAAUAAA